CCACCCAACACAUUUAUACAAGCGCUCGAUCGCGCUUUUGGAGUGGGUUUAUUGCCCUGAUAUUUCAUUUUGCUUCAUAUUUAUAAUACGGUUUGGUGUACUCUCGAUCUACUACCGCUAUGUCCCGACCGAACGAGACCGCGUCAGGAGAACGCAACGAGUACAUUCCCACCUUCAUCUCGAAAAAGCCGUUCUAUAUCGACAAUGAGUCUUCUGAAAGCGAUUAUCUCGAGCAUCAGCGUCUGCAGAAACAGGAAAGAGACUCGAAAUGGUAUGAUCGAGGGAGGCGAGCCGGACCGGCCGCGACCAAGUAUCGCAAAGGCGCGUGUGAGAAUUGCGGUGCGAUGACCCACAAGGCAAAGGAAUGUUUGAGCCGACCGAGAAAGCAAGGUGCCCGGUGGACUGGCAAGGAUAUCCAGGCGGAUGAAAUGGUACAAGAUGUGAACCUUGGAUGGGAUGCCAAGAGGGAUCGCUGGAAUGGCUACGACCCCAGCGAGUACAAGCAGGUCGUCGAGGAUUUCGAAGAGCUAGAAAAGCUCAAACACAAAUCGAAGCAAGAUGGAGGAGCUGAAAUGAGCGAGGAGGAAGACGAAGAGGUCGCCACCAAGGAAGAAGCGCGAUAUGCAGAAGAGUCGGAUAUGGGCAGACAGCAAAGCACCGCGACGCGCAAUCUUCGACUACGAGAAGAUACUGCGAAUUACUUAAUAAAUCUGGAUCUGGAUUCUGCCAAGUACGACCCGAAGUCUCGACGGAUGGUAGACUCGGGAGCACAGGAGGAUCGAGCUGCCGUUCUAGUUGCAGAAGAGAACUUUGUGCGCUUCUCGGGCGACGCGGCAGAGUUUGAGCGGGCACAAAAGUACGCCUGGGAGUCUCAGGAGCGUGGAAAUGGGCAGCAUCAUAUGCAGGCAAACCCUACAUCGGGCGAGAUCAUGCGGAAGAAAGAGAUUGCUGAGGCGGAGGCCAAGCGCCAGUCACAACGUAAGGCGCUCUUGGAUAAGUACGGUGGUGCAGAGCAUCUUGCCCCAACCCCGCUACGCGAAACCAUGGUGGUUGAGAACGAGCGCUUCGUCGAGUACGACGAAACCGGUGCCAUCAAGGGCGCGCCAAAGCAAGCAGUCAAGUCCAAAUACGCCGAGGAUAUUCUUGUCAACAAUCACAGUACAGUCUGGGGGAGCUGGUGGUUUAACUUCGAAUGGGGAUAUGCCUGUUGCCACUCCACGGUGAAGAACAGCUACUGUACCGGCGAGGACGGAAAGAAAGCAUUUGAGGAAGCGAGUGAUCGGAUGCUGCAAGAAGCCGCCGACAAUGCCAAUGAAAACGAUGAUGGCCUUGAAGCCGAGAAAGAGUCCAAGAAGAGCGAGGCAUUAAAUGCCACUAAGAAACGGACAAUCAUGGAGCUACAGUCGGGGAUCACUGAAGAGGAGAUGGAGACUUACAAACGGAGUCGCCUGGCAGCCCAAGACCCUAUGGCUGCUUUCCUGGGGAAAGAUUGAAAGUGCACCUGCACCUGUGUGUUUGACUAUGGUUUCUGCAUUGCUAUUAGGAGUUUGGACUAUAACAGAUCAAUACCCAAUGUACAUUUGGCAACAUUUUAGAAGUAC